UGCCAUCCGCCAACCAUAGGACAUUACCUAAAGUCAGCGGGUGCAGCUUAGUCGAAUGCUGUCUAGUUAAUUUCAUGCUCAAAAUUCUAAGAAACAUCGGACUGGUGCGUUACAUAUUGUGCUAAAGAUGAUGACAAAAAGCUUAUUUCAUCAGCUCUUCUGCUUGCUUGCUUCCUUGUCCUCCGUUUCGCAAGUGACGUAUUGUGCCAAAAUUCCUGCUGAGGAGACACUGGUCUUCCCGAAACUUCUUGAGAGUCGUAACGACGAAGGGACAAAGGUUCUCAAGAUAAACGAUGCUCUCACACUGAACUUGGAAAAGAGUUCUGUCAUGAGCGAUGAGUUCUUACUCCGGACUUAUCAAGGGCAUGUUAUGCAGCACACUUACCUCGACGGACAAGCCCUGGAAGAGGACCUGUAUCAUGACCCACAUCGUUUCGCAUCCGUAUUUGUGUCCGAAGAAAAUGGAUUAGAAGUGGAGGGUGUACUCGGUCCCAAGUUUGCCAUAAAGCCAGUCAAGGGUCAAGGAAGAUCGGCAGGAGUAGGGGAUGUGCCACAUGUUAUCUACAAGAUUGAAGACCAUGAAGGAGUCUUCGCGAGAACAGAUGGUACUGAGCAAGAAAGAGCGAAGACCAACAUCUCUGAACGGCAGAAUCAAAAUAGCGCCAGACCAAGUAUAAUAUAUCCAGAAUUAUUGAUCAUCGUGGACAGCACACUCAGGGCGCAAUUCAGCACGGAAUUCACGUUGCUGAAAUAUUUAAUCAUCACUUUAAACUCCGUGAAUGUACGGUACCUGACUGUAUCAGAUCCAGCAGUGAGAAUCAUGUUUCGUGCGAUGGAAGUUCUUACUCCAGCUGUAGAGACGUUCCUGAGCCGUUCUGGAAAUUAUGUUCAAGGAAUUCGUUCACUUCAAGGCCUGCGAGACUAUGUUCACAAGAACCCUGACAAAUAUGGAAUUUACGACGGCGUUUACCUCGUAACCGGGCUUGACAUGGCAGAGUACACCUAUUAUGGCUGGAACGGGAACCUGCUCGGCUAUGCAUAUAUUGGGGGUAUCUGUAGCUGGCAGAAAGUCGGCUAUGGUGAAGACGCUGUGGGAACGUUCAAAGGAAUCCGUAUACUGGCCCAUGAGUUUGGACACUUGCUAGGAUGCCCCCACGAUGGCACUUCUAGUGGCUACUAUUCUUCGGUGAGCUGCCCCUGGAAUGAUGGAUUCCUCAUGAGCUACUUGGAAACGGACAGCAGAAGCAUGAAGUUCUCCCACUGUUGCAACCAAAUGAUUUCUAUGCUAGUAUGGUCCGAACGCGGCAAAUGCCUGCUCACGAACGGUGCGAAGAGGAAAAUAAAGAAGAAGUUUUAUGUGAAGAUCUUUGUUGGAAACAUACUGACGAGAGACCAGAUAUGCAAGCUCUCUUUUCCCAAUGUAGCAGAAACCCGUUUCAUCAAGGACUACCACGGCAACGAGAACUGCAUGGGAAGGUGUUUCAUGCCCAAGUCAGUUUAUGGCUAUGACACUUUCUUGCCAACAUUCCUGCCAGACAACUCUCCUUGCACGGAAAACAAUGGGACUAUAUGCAGAAACGGCGACUGCGUCCGACAGAAGCUGAAGCAUUUGCAAUACCGACCAUACUAAUUAUUGUAUCAUUAAACGAAUUUAUUCCCUUAAA